AUGGGAAUUGUAAAGAUGUCUCGUAUUUUAAGUUUAAUUUGUGUUAUAACGCUUUUACUGGACACCGUUACCGGUGAAGAAGUUACUAAAGCAACAAUAGGAGUGGAAGCUCAAAAAAUGGGUAACCAAGACCUCGAUCUCGAGGAUCUCAUCAACCCCGACAUAGAGACCGCGAUAACAAAACUAGAAAAACUGGCAGAAACACUGGACCAACUGAACAUCGAUGAUUCCAAGUUGAUAGCAGACCCUGAAGAGAUCAGUGAAGAGAUGACUAAACUAGUUCAUUACAUCAACGAGGCUGUCAAACUGAAUCCAAAUAACGCAUACAAAUUCCUUAAAGCAAAGGGAUUAGAUAGAAUCGUUUCUCAGGAUCUCAAAGUAGACGAUGACAAGCUUAAAGUUCACGUUCUUAUCCUUUUGAAACUUCUUUUUGAAGUCGCUCCGACCACCACUUCAGCAGUGAUACCCAUAACUGUAGUUGACAGACUUCUAGAUAUUUUUGAGAUUGAUAACUUAGCGUUAAAAGCCCAUUCCUUGGAUGUCCUGUAUCUUUGGCUACCUGACAAUCCUAAGGUACAAGCUAGAGUUAUGAAGCUUAAGGGUUUAGUACCUUUUUACGAGCAAGCAGCCAAAUUAGAUACGUCUGGAAUUAAGACCCUUCUUGACCUCUUCAACAAGAUACUAAAAGAGCACUUGAUAGUAAGGGAGGAUCCGCAAAAGACUAUCGUCGAACCUGAGAAAAUGAAGUUUUAUGUACGAACAGGUUUAUUGGAGCAUAUGGCGACUCCAGCGGUCUGCAACGGGCUCCUGAAUAUAUUUAUAAAGACCUGGACAUACAGUACGGAUGAGAACAACAUUAUUGCAACAGUUUUUGACAUGCUGAAGGUAAUGAAAAAGUUCUGUUUGAAGAUGUAUCGUGGGAAGGUGAAGGCGAAGAAACUGUUCGCGGCUCUACAGGAAUACGUGAAGGAACCUGAAAAUAUUGAUUAUUUUGAAGCGAACGGUUUGAAUGUGACCGAUGUUUCGCUGGUAGUUGAAGAGUAUGUCGAUAAAAUAAGAUCUUCUGUCAAAGAUGAGAUGUAGGAUUUGUUUUCUUAUGUUAUAGU